AUGGUUGCCUCUCGUCUAUUUUCUAAUGUACUCCCUAGUAUAACUACUUCGUCUUCGCCAAGAUAUUCAAAACUUUCGCAUUCUUCAAAGACAGGCGCAAUCUUUUCUGGAUCUACCCUUACUGGAAAGUGCUGUUUUGUGUCUGUAGAAACGCAUCAUGAACAUACUUCGAACCUAUGGCGUCGAAUACACGGCUUUCAAACACCUCUUGAUAUUUGGUUUAUACUACAAUGGAUAAUUUAUUUCGUCAUAACUUUUGGUUACUACUUUUUCGCUAUGCCAUUUGCGGAAGAAGAACAAGAAGUUUAUUAUUCAAUAAUGAAACACGAAUACAAAAUUACUCAGCAACGAAUAUGGGACGCGAUUAUGUUAUCAAUCGCUGUUGUGGUUCCGAUUUCGAGCAUUAAAUGCUCAUUGACAGAGACAGAAGAUUCAAAAGUCAAAGAAAAAAAUGUGAAAAGGGACAUGUUAUAUCGGAGAAUAAUCGGAAUUCAGGUGGUGGUUGAUGGCUGGUGUAAUAUUUGUCUAGUUGAAGUAACUUUUAUAACGUUUUUAAUUUCUGGUUUUAUCGGUACGAUUCUGAGUUUCUGGAGGAAUGCUCAAGCUUUAGCGAUUUAUUUCUCGGAAAGAGAACAAUAUAUGACGAAAUUAUAUGAAAUAUUUCCGCCUACAACAUCAUAUGUACUGGCUGUAGGACUAUUCAUUAAUUUAUCACUAUUACUGUUAAGUCUUGGAACUGCCGUAUUAUUUUUAUACUUAUGUUUUUUCCAUUUUAAACUUUAUAUUAACGAUAUGUCGACGAUGGAAUAUCUCAAUCAUCAACAACAACGUAAAUAUUACAGCGGUCAUUAUGAAGACGAGGAUGAUGAGAAUCCAUGGCGAAGACCUUAUUAUACUAAUCCUUGGCGGAGACGGUUAAGGAGAAUUGUGCGUGCUUUUGUGUUGUUGGGACGAUAUAUUUUGUGCAGGAAAGUACGUCUUAGAAAUCCAGGAUUCGGAUAUGAGGAUCAUACGGUGUGA